AUGGUCAUGAGGCAGGGACGCUUGCGCACCGAAUCAACGGUUCAGCGCUUCGCCAAGACGGCGAUCGGUGAGGGGUUUGACUUAUGGGACAGGGACUAUCUCUUAGGCGCGAUGCGGCUGUUCCUGUUCAAGGGGGAGACGGCGCCACCGUUCCAGGUUGGCCCCUGCAUGGACGCGACGGGGGAGAUUCUGGUGCAGAUGGAAGAGUACGAGGACGCGGCCGAGCAGUUCACGGCGGCGGCAGAGAAGUACACGCUUAUUCAACAGCCGGAGCUGGCGAAGCUGAUGAGGAUCAAGGCGGUGGAGUGCACGCAGGGGCCACAGGCGGCGUUGGAGCAGCUGUCGGCGCUUAUCCGUGAGCAGUCUGUGGCGCAGGGGAACCGCGGCAUGACACCGGCGCUCGCUCGCAUGCACGCGUACCAUGCGGACCUUCUGCUGAAGACGGCGACGGAGGCAGAGGCGGAGGCGGAUGUAGUGCAGAAGGCGGUGGAGGCGGCGAAGGUGUCGUGCCAUCACGCAUGGGACCGAAUGCACACCGGCUGCGUCGUCUUUGGAGACGCCUUGCAGGCCGCAGGAAACCUCGAGGAGGCCUGUAAGGCGUACGAACACGCCGUUGAGUCCAACCCGAACUGCAUCGCCGCCCUGGAGCGCCACAUACGGAUACUGAAGCAGUUCAUUGAUGAGGCCAGCGAUGAGGCACGGCUCAAGGCGUUGCGCAAGGAGAUGCUGGGACUUCUGGACAGCGCCAUCACGCUCCACCCACGCCCUACACUGCUGCGCGAGAAGGCGUUCCUGCUGAGCGAGACAGAGGGCGACGCGGCGGCGCUGGCGUUCCUCGACCCGCUCAUACAGAACCCGCCGCCGGAGGAAGCUGACGCUGCCGGCGGCGUCGCCGGGAAGACAGUCGCGACGCUGCUCAAGGCGAAGGCGGCCAUUCUAGCGGACGGUGGAAGCAUGAAGGAGGCGCUGGAGGUCGCGGAGGCCGCGCUGCGCGAGACCCCGGGGGACGAGGAGGCGGCGGCGAUUGUCGCGGAGAUACAACAGGCUGUGUAA